AUGUGUGUGAAUGAUCAACGUUCUGUCUGCAAAACCUCCUGUGGGGUAUGCGGACGGACGAAGCGUAGACUUGCAGUGGUGACGCAUUGCCUCUUUUCCCCAAUUUGUGGGGAGUAUCGUAUGAAGCACGGUGGUUCCUGUGACAGACGCCCUGCGGGUUGA